UAUUUUAUCGGGAGCUCUUUAGAGAGUUUAAGGCUAUUGUUGUAUUAAAUUAAAAGACAAAAAUCGCGAUGGACGCGGAUUUUAGUGAAUAUUCCUUGUAGAAAUUAAUGCUGUUACCCGGGGAGGAGAUUGGAACAGCGUAAGCUUUGACUGCAGUAAAAUUGCUUGUGUUUCGCGUAUUGACUCAAUAAUCAUUGCUCGGAUUUAAACAAUAUACUCAGAAUUGCUACAUAUUACCAUCAUACAGAGCAGAUUGACGUUUCUCUGUGUGUGGUUACUUUAUUGAAAGUAACCAUUAUUUGUGGUUCUGGUAAUGUCGACAGAGAAUGGAAGCACCCGAGGCAAAGGACGAAGAGUAAGAGCUACAGAGGAUGGUCCGUCAAAUAGCCGCGCUUCAAAUAACACAAAUACGACGAUAACCCCGUUAAAAUCCCCAUCAAUUAAAACCUCUAAAGCCAUGUCCACGAGUCUCAAAAGAAUUCAGAAAGAGUUGGCAGAUAUAACCCUGGACCCACCUCCAAAUUGCAGUGCAGGACCAAAAGGUGACAAUAUGUAUGAAUGGGCAUCAACCAUAUUAGGACCACAUGGCUCUGUUUAUGAGGGUGGUGUGUUUUUUCUGGACAUCCAUUUUUCUCAUGAAUAUCCAUUUAAACCCCCAAAGGUUAGUUUUAAGACCCGAAUCUAUCACUGUAAUAUAAAUAGUCAGGGUGCUAUAUGUUUGGACAUUCUAAAAGAAAAUUGGAGCCCAGCGUUGACCAUCUCUAAAGUGUUGUUAUCCAUAUGUUCUCUUCUUACUGACUGUAAUCCCGCAGAUCCUUUAGUCGGUAGCAUCGCUACACAGUACACACAGAAUCGGAUAGAACACGAUCGUCAGGCCAGACAGUGGACACAAAGAUAUGCUACUGGCUUCCCAGUGCCUGAUUAAACCAGCCAUCAUUUUCUUGGCAGAAAGGUCAAGGUCAUUGGAUUACUACAUAGUUGUGUUGUUGGAGAAAAAUCCAGACAUUUUGUCCUGGAAACUCAAAGUGACUGGAAUAUCUUUUCUGAAGUGACUCUAUACAGUAAGAAUUUCUUACAAUUUUGAGACAGUUUUCAGUUAUAUUUGAAUCUUCAGAAUUAUGUAUGUAGGCCUAACUACAAUUUUUGUUUUGAACUUGAAAACUAUUGAUGGAAGAAUUAAAUGUAUAAAUAAUGUAUAAAUGUUUUUGUUAUGUAAAUCUUAAACAGUAAGUUUAUUAUGUUGAAAUUGAAAUCAAUGGCAUAUAAGUAUUUUUGGAAUGGAGUAAUAUUAUUUUUAAUUCACUUUAAUGCUUUCAAAAUGUUAAACCUAUGGAAAAUAUUUUUUACUGCACAUUGUCUUCAGAAGAAGACUCUGAUGUGUUUAAAAUAAAUGUGAAUAUAGGCUAAUGAUAUAGUGCCUAUUACAGAAAUGGACCAAAUUUUCCUAUUAUUUAAAAAUUGGAAAGUCCAUAGAAUUAGACAAACUUCCAAACUCAAUAUUUAGCAGUUCAUGUUUUAUAGAAAACUAUCCUAAAGGUGCAUUAUGUGAGAACUAAAUCUGCCUUAUGCAGGUCUUUCUUUUGGCUUUGAAUGUUAUAUCAAUUAUUAUUUAGACAUUAAUUAACAUGACAAGCCUAUAAUCAACUCUCUAGUUCAUCGGAUGGCCAAUCAAGGCUAAGCUUCAGCUGUCAAGUACCGUUGCUAAGAUAAUACACAAUCUAUGUUAUAUCUUCAACAGUCAUAACUUCUCUUAUAAUAACUUGAUUUGAAUGAAAUUUUCAAUAUAUUCAUUUUUCAUUAUCUACUUUUUAACCAUUAAAGCAAGAACAUCAAGCUCCUUUUCUAAAUUUUACAUAAUGCAUCUUUAAUUAAAUUGAUUUUGACUUUGCCUGAUGGAAUUUAUGAAAUUAUGGCAAAUUUGAAUUCGCAAAAAAAAAUGUGUAAAAUAUGAAAUGAUGAAUGAGAUGAAUUUAUUCAUGCUUAAUUUAUGUCAUUUAUAUAUAUAUAUAUAUAUAUAUAAUAAAAUGACUCGUAUAAAUUUGCUUAUGUUAUUUAGCCAGUCCAACUUACAUCUUUUAUUUAGAUGUAUGUAAUUAAACAGUUGGAUAUUCAUUAUUUGACAGGUUGCAAAAGUCAAGAUCAGACUUUUUUUUUUCAUUUUUCUUUUUUCAUUUUCAUUCUUUUUGAUGAUUGAAUGUACCUUUUGAAAAAUAUAUAUGGAUCAUUUGUACGUAUUAUACAUCAAUGAAUUAUAAUCUCAGUUGAUUUAUUACUAGACAAGAAUUAUUAUAGGCAGAAACUGAUAGACCAAAUUGUUCCAAGAUCAGGGUAAUAAUUAGUUAUGAUCAGUGAAUGUAAGAAUUGUUGAGGGACACGUUUCGAAAUCACUCAUUAAUCAAACAUUUAUUGUUGAACUUGAACGUAACUUAUGUACACUUCACGAAACAGGGCCCUUAUGAUUUAUUUUUAAAAUAUGCAAGAAAACAAUUUGCACCGCAUCCAUCCAGUAGGUAAGUAAAUGUACAGUAAUCUAGUAGUCUGAUACAGCAAUCAAUAGCUAUCCAAACAAAUAUCAGAGUUAAUAUUUUAAUGGAAAUACUUAAUAGAAUAGUGUGAGGUAAAAUAUUUGUAGCCCUAACAAAUUUGUUGGCAGAAUAUUUAUUUUACUUUUUUUAUUAUGAGAGUAAAGAACACUUUGUAGUGUGUUAUGUGUUUUAGGAGAGGAUGAAUUCAAAUCUUCAAGCACCAAUAUAUAUGAGAAUCUUAAAAGCCUGUUGCUUGUGUAUCAUUUAUGUGUCAUAUUAAACUUAAUCUUUCUUUUUGACAUGAUGCCAUGUAGUAUUUGUAGAAAUAUUUAUAUAUUUUGUGAUAGGCUUCCAUGUAAAUGUAUAGCAGAGUCUUUAUUAGUCCAUAUCAGGGCUCUCACUUCAAAGUCAAACAUUUUUGCUUGUAUUAUUUUAUUUUAUCAAAUUGACCCAAAUAAUUAAAAGUGGUUUUUCAACUGAUUAUUAUUAAGCAUUUAUUGUGAGUUUGUAAACAGAUAAUAAAUGCAAUUCACUGAAAUAGUGAUGGCUAGUUUUAUUGGAUAGGACAUGACCAGCAAAAUUCAUUGAUAUGAGAGCCCUGGUGCCAAUAAACGGUUGUUAAUUGUACAUGUAUAAUAUAAAAAUGAUUGAAUGUGCGUUUAUUUUUUUUUCUCUUCUUUGGCGUUAUGAUACAAAUUUCAUGAUGUAAAAAAAAAAUUAAAAAUAAAAAUGUAAUAAAAAGAAA